UUGAAUUUCCAGGGACGUCACAAAGUUACAGAGGAACAGGAAUUGGUUUAAAUUAUUGUGUUCAUUUAAUACAACUGUUUUCUGGUGUAUAUUUUACUGUUUCUGUGUGAGUUUUUGUAUUUCUAUAAGUUAGUUGAAGAUGCCUCGCCUGAAGAAGCACAACCGUUCCAUCGCGGCCAAGAAGAGGAUGGAGGAACGCCUGGCAGCAGUGGUGGCAUCUGCGCCUCUGCUCCCCACCACCUGCUUCCCACCACUAACACGUGGUCCCUCACGUCGUGGUACUGGUCGUCGCCACCGCGUGAGCACCUGGCCAGUUUCACCCCUGACUGGCAGGAGUCACAAGAUGAUCAUCCCAGCCGAGUCACCUGACAAGAAGUUUGUUCUUUUUGUCGGUGAUUCCCACCUGCGCGCCAUUGUUGAUGGCCAUGUGAAGAUUUCGCACAAGCAGCUUUCUUUUGGUCUCAUGUCAACGCCAGGGGCUGACGCCAAGGACCUGAGGACUGAGAUGGUGAGUGCAGUCCUUCCCAGGACCCCUGAUCUUGUUUGUGUUCUUGCACCCAGCAACAACUUGACUAAGGGGACUUUGGAUAAGGCUGCAGUGGACUUUGAGGAGCUUCUCACCAGUGCCUUGUCUCGGUGGCCGAAGCUGUUUGUCCUGGACUUCCCUCCGCGCCGGAACGUGGAUCAGGACCUGCAGGAACUUUUUCGCCAGGAGUUUCACCGUGUGGCUGCACGCAAGGGUGUGAGGUACUACUCUAUUGCAGAGUUCUUUCCUCUCAGCCGGCGUGACCUGUGGAGUUGGGAUGGGGUGCACCUGAGUGAUGGAUCUGGGAUGAGGACGCUGGUGACAUUGCUAUGCGACAAAUCCAGUCUGGAGCUAGCGAUGGCUGUUGCACAGGAGGAGUCGCGUAGCAUGUUGCCAGCUGUUCCUGCUCCUGCUCCUCGUCUGGCUCCGAGGUUGGUUGUGGUUGGAGAAGCCCGCUCUCCACGUCCGCUGCACAACCCAUUGGAUUGGAAGCUGGUUGAACCACGCAGGACGGGGAGCAGCUCGCCCCCUAAGGGAGGGAAGGUUCAGCUCAGGGUAUGUUUUGAGUGUUCCAUUCCUCUCACUCCUGUCUGGUUCAGCCCACCAAUGUUGGAGAUGAUGGACAGCGUUCGUCCAGGCAAUCUUGAUCGGGAGGAGCCCAGUACUUCUGCCAAGGGACCAACGGGAGUGAAGCGUCCUAGGAGCCCUUCUGCUCUAAAGAAGAGAUGUGGGAAACAGAAGGUGAAGGUGGAGGAGUGGCCUGAACUUCCCAAGGCUGUAUGGAGGUUGGGGAUUGGCCUGGAGUUCCUAAGGCUGUGGAGGUAA